CGAUCUUUGAUUCUAUUCGAUUCGACUGUCUCAAGUCAGCCGAAUAUCACACAUCGAUUAAAGAAAGACAGUUCCAGUCAACAGUAUCCAAGACUCUUGUGUCCUUCAAAAAAGAGGUGUCAAGAUCGUUUGUACUGUUUUUGCCACAGUCAAAUGAUUUCUUCUCCGGGUUCUUCAAAAACAAUCCGAAUUGGUGCUGGACGUUCCCCCGAAUUGAUUUGGGUUGCCCCCGAUUUGCAACCUACUUUUUCACUGCGUUCUGUAAUUCUGUUGUUGUUGUGGCUGCAGGGCAUGACCAAGACGGAAGCCAAACGAUCCAUCAUCUCAUCUUCGUUUCUAUUGUAGCUAUUGUUACUACUACUAUCUUGACCACCAUGUCCAUGCCACUGUACACUACGGCGGGUGCCAACAUGUCGGCGCAAGCCGCCGCGGCGGUUGCCCAACGAGGGACUCCUUCGACGCUCAAUCUGGACGAUAUCUUUGGAGAUGUCAUGUUCACACCCGACGGCGAAACGGUCUUUUUGAGCGAACAACAAGAUCAACACAACUUGUUGCAAUCCGGAGAAGGACAAAAUGUCCAAAUUGUCGCUUCCAAACAACAUGCGGCCGGACAAUACGUUCCGGUGCCACAAGGAGGAGGAUUGGCGACAACUCGAUUGGCCGAUCCAGCCAAACCACCCGCGUUGGUCAUGGGAGCCGCUCCCACACAGACGGUCCCCACGGCGCAGGCGGUGCCCUUUAAGAAAACACCCCAAGAACGUCAUCAUUUGCAGUUUGCGGCCAAUCCCAAGCGAAAGCGAUCCUCGCGGGCGGAUCGCAAAAUGAGUGAACAACAAAAGACCGAUCGAAGGGAACGCAACCGCGAACACGCCAAACGCAGUCGCAUUCGUAAAAAGUUCCUCUUGGAAUCUCUGCAACAAAGUGUCUCUCUGCUCAAGGAAGAAAAUGAUAAACUCAAGAGUUCCAUCAAAACCCGCCUCGGAAACGAUCAAGGCGACAAGCUCAUUACGGAAUACGUCCAGGGAGAUGCCGUCCAAGGACCCGAUGGAUUGUUGGCUGGAUCCGGUGGCAUGGCCAACAAGGUACUCGACGAUCCCGACUUUUCCUUCAUCAAGGCGCUCCAAACCGCCCAGCAAAACUUUGUCGUCACCGAUCCAUCCUUGCCCGAUAAUCCCAUUGUCUAUGCCAGUCAAGGAUUCUUGAAUUUGACCGGAUACUCGCUGGAUCAAAUUCUAGGACGCAACUGUCGUUUCUUGCAGGGUCCCGAAACCGACCCCAAGGCCGUCGAACACAUUCGCAAGGCUAUUGAACAAGGAAACGACAUGUCGGUUUGUUUGCUCAAUUAUCGAGUCGAUGGAACGACCUUUUGGAAUCAGUUCUUUAUUGCCGCAUUGCGAGAUGCGUCCGGGACCGUCACCAACUUUGUCGGAGUUCAGUGCAAGGUCAGUGAUCAGUACGCGGCGCAAAUUACCAAGCAACAGGAAGAGGAAGAUGCCGCGGCGGCUGCCACGGAUGGUGGAGAAGAUGGAGGUGACGAGGAACCUGCCGAGUAGGUAGAGUGAAAUGAAAGGAACGAAAUGAAAGUGAGGAAUGCAAGUGUGGGCAGUGAUACGAGGGUGUCGCUGUGCCAGGAAAAAGAAAGAUACGAGGAUGCAUUUUGUUGUGGAGGUUUUGUUGUUGAUACAGUUGCAUGUGGGAAAAAAGAAAAAGCAGCCAGCCGGUCCUUGGGAACAACAAUACAUUGAGUUAUUAUUACAUAGCAAGAGAACACGAGACCGGCUGCGAUGUGUUUGCAUGUUGCAGCAGCAGUACAAAGAAGACUAGUUUAAGUAAAAGUAAGCACUGACUGAAAGAUAAUUUGUGGAAUCGGAAUAAAAUGUGUUGGUGAAUUGGGUGUAGUGGUAUCGUAACACUGGUACUUAGACCCUUUGGGACACCGCGUCGCCACGAUGUGAGGUCUCCCGUGGUAGCUCCGCAAGAUGCAACUGGAUCUUUGUGUACUACUUAUCAUCUCGCUGGGAAAAGCUCACAACCAAAGCACCCACAACCAGUGUGGUGAACCUUGUCCCGCAAUCGAUGUGCUUGAUCAAGAUGUCCCCAGUGAGGAGCUUGCUUCCACGAUGGCACAGUUGUGCCCCCCUCAGUCCUCCUGCUAGCUAGCUAUUCCUGAAUGAAAACAUGCCUCAAAACAAUAUAAUAAUAUGAAUUUUGUCCUAAUACUUAUUCUGUAUUUGUACACGCUAACUUAUGCAUUGCAUGGUCGACU